AUGGCGAGAGGAAAGAAUAAAUUGCCAGCUGUGGAACCGGAGCAAAAUGACCAGACCCAGUCUUCUUCACUGCUUCAUGCCGAGUCAGCCCCAGGGCUUCCCAGCGUUCUUGCAAUCGGCGAUGAGAAGAGUAGAAAACCGAAUACUCAUCUGUUCACCAUCAAGCAAGAGCUUAAGGAGUCAUUGAAGGAUUACAUCGCUUGUUUCAAUGAAGAAGCAUUACAAGUAAAAGAUUAUGACAACAAGAUGACACUCUCUACAGUGUUCAGCGGUCUAAAAGAGGGGAAGUUCACCUUCUCCAUUGGGAAGAAUCCACCGAAGACGUUAGCUGAGCUCAUCACCAGGGCUCAAAAGUAUGCUAACGCCGAGGAAUUCUCCAACGCCCACAAAAAUAUUCAAGUAAUAGAGCCGACUGGCAAAGGGAAGAGACCAAGGAAUGAAGAACCUCAGCCAUCCAGCAAAGGACUAGAUGACCACGCUCCCCACAAUCAUCGUCUACGUAGAAAACCAGAGGGUAAAUUUCAUUCCUACACCCCCCUCAACACAUCUACCGAGCAAAUCCUACUAGACAUCAGAAGGCAAAAGCUUAUGAAUUGGCCUGUUUGCAUGAAGGCCGACCCAGAUCAUCGCGACAAACACAAGUAUUGUCAUUUCCAUCAAGAUCACGGCCAUAACACAGCCGCUUGCCUAGAUCUCAAAUAUGAGAUUGAGAUCCUUAUUCGUAAGGGUCAUCUGCGCCGGUAUACCAAGGAAGAAAAAACAACUCGGAAAGAAGAGCAAGAGCAGCCAAAUAAUACCGCAGAAGAGCCGGCCGAAAUCCGCACCAUCUUCGGUGGCUCAUCCGGUGGAGGAGACUCAAACAGGGCUCGAAAAGCCCACUCUCGGAAGUCUGAUCUGGAACACUACAUCCACAUAACCAAGCGACCGAGCAAGGAACUCUGGGUCAGCCCGUGCAGCCUGACCUUCACGGAAGACGAUGCGCGCGGAAUCCAGCAUCCGCACGACGACGCCCUAGUAGUUUCUAUGACCAUAGCUAAUCACAAGGUGUACUGCAUCCUAGUCGACACCGGAAGCUCAGCAGAUGUGAUCUACUCCGAGGCUUUCAAAAGAAUGAGAAUUCUAAGGUCAUGCCUCAGACCUAUGAAGACCCCUUACAUGGCUUUGCCGGAGAAAGGGUGA